UCAGACACAUCAGAUCUCGAAUGGCUCGUCUUCCUCUGAUCUUACUGCUCAUGAUUCAGGGAGUUUAUAGUGCUGAUGAUGAGUGGGGUGUGAGUUACAGCUCUUCAUCCAUCUGUGCACUAAAGGGUUCAACAGUGAUAAUAAACUGCACUUAUAAAUACCCUACUGGACAUAAGAUCAAUAAAGUGUUCUGGACUAAGAUUAACAGUGAAAAUCCUCCAGAUCUGUCUAAGGACUCUAAAUACAGUCAGAGGAUUCAGUAUCUGGGAGAUAAACAUCACGACUGCACCAUGAGACUGACUGAUGUGAGACAGACAGAUUCACACGAAUACUAUUUCAGAUUCAUCACUGUUAAUCCUGAUGGGAAAUGGCUUGGAAAACCUGCAGUGACUCUUAAUAUCACAGAUCUUCAGUUGGAGUCUUCAGGUGAGAGAGUGACAGAGAGACAUUCAGUGACUCUUACAUGUAAAAGCAGAUGCAGUCUGACUGACAGAUCAACAUUCAUCUGGUUUAAAAACACACAGUCAUUAAGUGAGAGAACAGACAGAAACAAUCAACUCAUCCUGCAGUCAGUAAGAAGAGAGGAUGCAGGCAACUAUAGCUGUGCUGUACAGGGACACAAACUCACAUCACCUCAUCAAUAUCUCAAUGUCAUCUAUGCUCCAGAUAAUCCUGUAAUCUCUGUCAAUCCAUCUGGUGAAAUAAAGGAGGGUGAUUCAGUGAAUCUGACCUGCAGCAGUGACGCAAAUCCACCUGCAGAAAUCAAUUGGUUUAAAGGAGAAACAUCUGUUGCAUCUGGACAAACAUACAUCAUAUCAAAGAUCAGAUCAGAUCACAGUGGAGAAUACAAGUGCAAGUCAAUCAAUGAACUUGGAUAUAAAUAUUCAGCAGUGACAUUAAAUGUCUCAUAUCCUCCAAAGAACAUAACAGCAUCCAUCAGUGGAUCUGGUGAAAUAAAGGAGGGUGAUUCAGUGAAUCUGACCUGCAGCAGUGAUGCAAAUCCACCUGCAGAAAUCAGUUGGUUUAAAGGAGAAACAUCUGUUGCAUCUGAACAAACCUACAUUAUCUCAAACAUCAGAUCAGAUCACAGUGGAGAAUACAAGUGCAAGUCAAGUAAUAAACUUGGGCAAAGAUAUUCAGCAUUGACAUUAAAUGUCUUGUAUCCUCCAAAGAAGGUCACAGCAUCAAUCAUUGGAUCUGGUGAAAUAAAGGAGGGUGAUUCAGUGACUCUGACCUGCAGCAGUGAAUCAAAUCCACCUGUUCACAACUACACCUGGUUUAAGGUGAAUAAAACAUCAUCUGUUGGAUCUGGACAGGCGUACAGCAUCACUAACAUUAACUCCAGUCACAGUGGAUGGUUUUACUGUGAGGCUCAGAAUAAAUAUGGAUCUCAGAGAUCUGAUGCUGUAUCAGUCACAGUGCUUCAUAGGUAUUAUAAUCUACUUCUUGGGAUCACAUUGGGAUGCGGAGCAUUAUUCAUUGUCAUCAUUAUAAUAAUUUUGUUUAUAAUGAGAAAACAAAGAUAUGCCAAAACCGAAGAUGCUGCUGGGAAUCAGCAGGGUGACUUGUACUGCAACGUACAUGCUUCUGAAUCAGCCCAUUGUGAGGAUCAUUACAGCAGUGUUACACCCAAGGGACACAGAACAGAUCAGACAUCUGCAGGAAAAACUCCUGAAUCUGGAGAUCCAGAGGAGAUCCAGUACGCAAGUGUCCACCAUCACGCGACCAAAGAGAUGAAGAGUUCAGAAGAGAUUGAAAACACAUAUGACAAUAUUAGAAAUUACACACCUGAUGCUGCUGUGAGAUCAAAUGUGGAGGAGACUUCAGUGAUCUACAGCAGUGUAAAAUGAUAGUUGGAGACCAACGUUCACAAAGUCAAAGUUCAGCUAAAAAAUUAAGAAAAUAAUUCACCAAAAAUGAAUAUUGUGUUGUUUUAUAUUCAAUGAUAGCCAUCCAAACUUUUAUAUUAUAUUCAGAUUCAUUGCAGAUGGAUUGCUGUUGUUUGCUCAAUAGUUUCUUACAUGCAUGUUCAUGUGUAUAUGUAGUCUAAUGUAGAGCUCUGGGGAGAAAAAGUUCAUUGUACAUUUCAAGUUCAAGUAAACUCAUUUAUGGCUUCACUUGACAUUCAAAUAAAUACAAUGUAAAUGAUGUAACUCUACUGCCCGAGCAUGGUGCUUGCAACACCACAAGUGUGGGUUCAAUUAGUCAACAUGCAUAUUGAUAAAAUGUAUAGUCCAAAAGCAUCAAUAACUAGAUAUGUCUCCAUGAUUAUUAUUUGAUGAACAUUGGGUUGGCAGGUUCUGUCUGUGUAACAGACUUGAGUCAUUUCCUGUCUCCAUCUGUAAUGCUUCCUGUCAUCUGUUUCCUGUUAACUACAGAAAAAAACAAUACUACUAUAUGAUACUGUAGCUUUGCAUGAGGGUUUUAUUUGCAGUGUGAAGUUUAACAGUUUGUUUUUAAAGUCUGAUGUUAAAUGUGAUCUCAGUUUGUCAACCCACAGAAAAAUGUCUUAUUAACCACCUGGCUAAAUCAAAAUGAGAAAAAAAUGGCAUGUAAAUAAAAUAAAUAUCAAAAUAUUGGA